AUGAAACGCCGGCAAGAGGCGGAGAGGAAACAGGUGGAGCUAGAACUACAGCUGAAAUUCGUGAAGGAGGAAGAGGACUUGCUAGCCGAGGAGUUGGGGAUAAAAGACAAUCCGGAAACAUCAACUUUGUUACCCUCCCAUGCGGCGGAUAAUAUGGUGCAGCACUCACAGCGGAAGGAGCGUGAACAAAUCCAGCGUGAAGGCGCGCAUCGUGGUACACCUACCGAAUUGCCCGUGUUUGCCGGUGACCCGGCGGACUGGCCGCUAUUCAUAACGUUUUACGAACACACCACGGAAAAGUGCGGUCUUUCCAAUUGGGAAAACAUGCUACGACUGCAGAAGGCGCUGAAGGGUCCCGCGCUAGAAGCAGUGCGAAGCAGGUUGCUGUUGCCGGAGGUGGUGCCGCAAGUGAUAGCGACGCUACGAUCACGGUAUGGGCGAUCAACACAUCUCAUCUCGGCGUUGAUCGAUAAGGUGCAUAGAACCCCUGCACCGUGUUUGGAGAAGCCGGAAACUGUGGUUGCUUUCGGCGAGGCAGUGCAAAGCAUGGUGGACCACAUGAAGGCUGCUGGACGACAGGCGCAUCUGACCAACCCCCUGCUACUGAAGGAGAUCGUGGAGAAGCUGCCGAUAAGUGAGCAGUACAAUUGGACGCGGUUUGUAAGCCACAUCGAGGAGCCGGAUCUUCUGAUGUUCCGGGAGUAUAUGGCCGAGUUGCAGAGCACCGCGGAAGUGUUAAGCAGCCGGGAGUCACCAUCGUUGAAACAAGCGGAGCGCAAGAAACCCAGCACGAGAGGCUACGUGCACACGCACGUGGAGACGCAGGGAGCGACGCCAUCCGGAACGAAUCACUUUAAGGUAGGAAAAUCUUGUCUAAUUUGCAACAACAGAGGACACGAGGUGGAUAAGUGUUUCGUGUUUGGUGCGAUGGCGGUGAAGGAGCGCUGGAUGAAGGCGCGUGCACUUUCCUUAUGCUUCGGCUGUCUGGGGAAGCACAAUUGGCGGACGUGCCACAACAGACCAGUAUGCGGCAGGGAGGGGUGUACGUACCGGCAUCAUGCGUUGUUGCACGGCGCAGAUGAGGAGCGUGGGGUCAGUAACGGGACCAGUGCUUCGGUAUCGGUUCGAGAUGGCGGAAACAACGGAGGUGCUGUAGCGGAAAGUAAUCACCACCAGCACGCGUUAUCUUCUUCGAAUACGCUCUUUCGCAUUGUACCCAUCACUGUGUAUGGCCCGACGUCCACGGUGACAACGUUCGCCUUUUUAGAUGAAGGUUCGUCCAUGACGUUAGUGGACGAGGAUUUAGCGGAAGAAUUGGGUGUCGAAGGGGAGGUGGAACCUCUCUGCAUCCGUUGGACCGGAGACACUACCAGGGUUGAGGCUGGUUCCAGGCGCGUAAAUUUCAAGGUGGGACCCGUCGGUUCCGCAAAGAGUUUCGCGAUCAACUCGGUACGGACGGUUCCUAAGCUGAAUCUACCUCGUCAAUCCUUCGUACCGGACGAAGGAAGGUGGAAACAUCUAAAACGCCUACCGGUAAGGGAAUAUCAUGAUGCGGAACCCAAGGUGCUAAUCGGGUUGGACAACCUGCGAUUGAUGGUCCCUCUCCGGACAAUAGAAGGAGCGGCUGGUGACCCCAUCGCGGUAAAGACGCGCUUAGGUUGGUGCAUUUAUGGGAAGCCGAUGAAGGUGGAAUGUGAACGGUUGUUGCACAUUUGCGAAUGCAACAACCAGGCAGAGAUUCUCGAAACGAUGCGCAAGUUCUAUGACUUAGAACAGGUGGGAGUUGUUCGCGUUGUCGAAUUAGAUCCGGAUGUACGACGUGCGCAACACCUUUUGGAAACAACUACCGUUCGUAUCGGCAAGCGUUUUGAAUCGGGUCUCUUGUGGAAGGCGGACGAUAUACAGCUUCCUUCUAGUAUCGGUAUGGCAAGUCGCAGGUUUGAUUGCCUGGAGAAAAGGAUGGAACGAGAUGGGCAGCUCAAGCUGCAAGUACGCCGCCAGAUUCACGAUCUUUUGGAAAAGCAAUACAUACACAAGGCUACGGCGCAAGAACUGGCGGAGGCUGACUCGAAACGUAUUUGGUACUUGCCAAUAGGAUUGGUGACGAACCCAAACAAACCGGGAAAGGUUCGUUUGAUUUGGGAUGCGGCGGCUAAGGCACAGGGUAUUUCGCUGAACGACGUGCUGCUCAAGGGACCGGAUGAGGUUAUGUCUCUACCUGGCGUACUUUUCCGCUUUCGUCUGUAUGCAGUGGCGACGUGUGCAGACGUGAAGGAAAUGUUUUUGCAAAUUAGGUUGCGAAAAGCAGACAAGCAUGCACAGCGCUUCUUAUGGCGGGAUGAUCCUGCACACGAGUUGGAAACCUACAUCGUGGACGUCGUGACGUUUGGGUCUACGUGUUCACCGGCUACAGCACAGUACGUCAAAAAUCGAAACGCAAAGGAGCACAUCGAACAAUUUCCACGAGCGGUAGAGGGCAUCCUUGAGAGUACCUACGUGGACGAUUUCUUGGACAGUUUCGGGACGGUAGAAGAGGCGUGUCAGGUAGCCAAGGAG